UGUCUGCAGGACUCUUGGUCUUUUGGGCCCGACACGAAUCAAGGUGCAGGAAGAGGCAGGAAAAUCCCCUGGAUCCCUGCAGGAUUAAUUUGUUGGAAAACAAAAUAAAAAAUACUCAACAUGCAAAACUCUUGUGAAGAAAAUGAAGGAAAACCAGAGAAUAUGCCAGAGGCAGAGGAACACUGCCCUUCAGAAGAUUCCCCACAAGAAGCAGAAAGAAACCCUCAGCCUUCUGAAGGAGGUAUAAGCCAGGAAGCAGAAGGAAACCUGAGAGGAGGGCCUGCUCCAACUGGCCGGGAAUUUAAAGAAGACAUUCCAGUUAGGCACUUGGACCCUGAAGAAAUGAUAAGAGGAGUAGAUGAAUUGGAAAGGCUUAGGGAAGAGAUAAGAAGAGUAAGGAACAAGUUUGUGUUGAUGCAUUGGAAACAAAGACCUUCGUGCAGCCGUCCUUAUCCUGUGUGCUUCAGGCCUUGAAUUCUUUUUUUCUGUGAUAUUAAAAUCUGGCCCUUGUUUUCUUCCUGUUAGCAUUUCCUCAUGUAUCUUUGACCUUUGUUUUGCUUUUAAUUACCUGGCGGUAUUUUAUUUUAGGUAGUUUUCUUAUUACCAGCUUCUCAUUGGAUUUUGAAUUUUGCCCUAUUUUCCUGAUUUAAUUUUCAAUUGGAAAGUUUCACACAUAUGCAUGGAAAUACAUUUAAUCUGUUAUACAGUGAAACAUGAUAGGUUACAAACAUCAUAUUUAAUAUCAGCUCACAUAUGUAGGAUGAAAUUCCAAACUGUGUGUGCACCAUAUAUAUAUAUAUAUAUAACACUGAACUGAACCACGCAAAUUUCUUUGUGGUGCGAAUUAUUGUUUUUGUUUUACUUUUUGCUUAUGUGUAUUUUUUAGUGAACAUUUAUCUCAUCUAUACAAAAAGCUGAGAAUUUUUUUAUAAGUCAGAAAAGUAAAUUGCAACCAGCUUAAGGGCAACGGGGGCACUUGAACUCUUGAUGAAAGAACUAUAAAAAAAGAAAUGU